AUGGGCAGGUCAGCUGAGAAGGGAGAGGGGGUACCUCAAGUCAAGAGUGAUGGCAAAGCCUGGAAUCCCAGCACUCCAGGACCCGAGGCAGUAGAUUUACUGCUCCGCAGCUCCCGGGGCCCCGCCGGGCUUCCGCCUGACCUGCUGCGCGGGGACAGCUUCGUGGGCGGCCGCUGGCUGCCCGCCACCAGCACCUUCCCGGUGCGCGACCCCGCCAGUGGCGCGGUGCUGGGCUCGGUGGCCGACUGCGGGGUGCCCGAGGCCCGCGCCGCCGUGCGCGCCGCCCACCAGGCCUUCUGCACCUGGAGGGGCGUCUCGGUAAAGGAGAGGAGUUCACUGCUUCGGAAAUGGUACGACUUAAUGAUUCAAAAUAAGGAUGAUCUUGCCAAGAUCAUCACAGCCGAGAGUGGAAAGCCACUAAAAGAGGCCCAGGGAGAAAUUAUCUAUUCGGCCCUUUUUCUAGAAUGGUUCUCAGAGGAAGCCCGCCGUAUUUACGGAGACAUCAUCUAUACCUCUGCCAAGGAGAAGCGGGGCCUGGUCCUCAAGCAGCCCGUAGGUGUGGCUGCAGUCAUCACACCGUGGAAUUUUCCCAGUGCCAUGAUCACCCGGAAGGUGGGGGCCGCGCUGGCAGCCGGCUGCACAGUGGUGGUGAAACCCGCCGAAGACACACCCUACUCGGCGCUGGCCCUGGCCCAGCUUGCAAACCAGGCAGGAAUCCCCUCAGGUGUCUACAAUGUCAUUCCUUGCUCUAGAUCCAAGGCCAAGGAUGUGGGCGAGGCCCUGUGCACAGAUCCACUAGUUUCCAAGAUUUCCUUCACAGGCUCCACAGCAACAGGAAAGAUCCUGCUGCACCACGCAGCGAACUCUGUGAAGCGCGUCUCCAUGGAGCUGGGCGGCCUCGCUCCGUUCAUUGUCUUUGACAGCGCCAACGUGGACCAGGCUGUUGCAGGGGCGAUGGCAUCUAAAUUCAGGAACACCGGACAGACGUGCGUUUGCUCAAAUAGAUUCCUGGUGCAGCAGAGCGUCCACGACACCUUUGUGAAGAAAUUUGCUGAAGCAAUGCGCGAGAGCCUGCGUGUAGGUAACGGAUUCGAGGAGGGGACAACUCAAGGCCCGUUAAUUAACGAGAAAGCAGUAGAGAAGGUGGAGAAACACGUCAGUGAUGCGGUUGCCAAAGGAGCCACAGUUGUGACAGGUGGAAAGCGACAUGAACGUGGAGGGAAUUUCUUUGAGCCCACCCUGCUCAGCAACGUCACCACGGACAUGCUCUGCACCACUGAGGAGACCUUUGGGCCUCUAGUGCCAGUUGUCAAGUUCGAUACCGAGGAGGAGGCCAUAGCCAUCGCGAACGCAGCUGAUGUGGGGUUAGCAGGUUACUUUUACUCUCAGGACCCAGCCCAGAUCUGGAGAGUGGCAGAGCAGCUGGAGGUGGGCAUGGUUGGUGUGAACGAAGGACUCAUCUCGUCGGUGGAGUGUCCUUUUGGUGGGGUGAAGCAGUCUGGCCUUGGGCGAGAGGGGUCCAAGUACGGCAUUGAUGAAUAUCUAGAGAUCAAGUAUGUGUGCUACGGAGGUUUGUAGGGGUCUUUAGCUCUUCAAAAGAACAAAAAAGGAACUACCUAGGUACAUAGGGACAUGCCACCCAUUUUUUUAACUAGUGGUUUCUCAGAAUUAUGAAUUUUAAAAACUCAUCCAUCCCUGAUCAUCUCAGAUGUAAAUCCUAACCCUUACCUAACUAGGGACCAGUAGAUGCCACAUGCGCGUGGCUGUGGACCCAGGAGGGCCAGCACUGGGCCCACUGCCUCAAGACAAGGUGGUUUCAGGGACAUGCUCUCUGGCCCUUUGCAAAACGCGGUCACUGCAUGGGCAGUGGCUCUCCACCCCAUGUGACUGCCCAACCUGGCUCAGAAUGCUGGGAUGAUAAACCGGUGGGCUCAAGGGAGGUGCACAGCCCCUGCCUGACCAGGUGUGCCAGCCUAGUGAAGGAGAAACAGGCCGUGUGUUCAGAGGGGUCGUGGCAAAGACUUCAGUUUUCUAAAAGCCUUCCAAAUAGCACAGAGUCGCCUGUACUGUAUGGAGUGAGGGAAUGUUUCUCUUCAUUUCUGGGCUGUCUUUGGAAUUGCUGGGUUUGUUUUGGUUUGGUUUGAGACAGGGGCUUUCUAAGCAGCGCAGGAUGACUUCCAACUCAGUUUUCCUCCCUGGCUCCCAAGUGCUGGGUUUACAGGCAUGCACUACCACACCUGAUGAAAUUACAGUCUUUGUUGCCCUAAACCGACUGUGUGAGCUUCCUAAAGGAAAUGAACCCAAACUGGCAGCAAGUCAGCAGAGGCCGUUUGUCACAGCAACAAGAGUGACUUUCUUUCCAGUCCUGGGUGCUGAGUCCACAGCCCUGUGCAUAUAACUUGUUAUAUGCACUGAAUUGUAUUCUCUUUAGUUUUUGAGACAGGGUCUUGCUAAGUUACAGAGGCUGGCCUUAAACUUUGAAUUCUUCUGCCUCAGCCUCCUACGUAGCUGGGAUGAUGGGGCUGCACUGCCAGUCUGGGCCAGUGGCGGGUGUGGGCUCUUGUAGCGGCCUCCUGUGCUGAGCAGCUCUGCUACCUCAGGUGUGCUGUCCAGAACCUCCUGUCCCACGAAGAGAUUCCAGUUUGGCUUAAUGAGGCUGUCGUGAGCCCCAGAGAAGGGAAGAUAAUUCCUAAAAUGAUGGAAAUGCAGUUUAAGUACAGGAGCCAUUUUUAAGAAGUACCACCCUGAAUUGGUUGUGUUUUUUUUUUUUUUUUUUUUUUUUUUUUUU